UCUUGCAGUCACUUAGUGCGGUUAUAACUAAUCAUGACUAAAAUGUGGCUUCUCCUAUUUUUCAUAAUUGUUCACAAUGCGGUUUCUUUGGAUGUCUAUCUUGCGCGAAUGAUACUAAUUUCGGAUAACACUAAUUUCAAUGAAUAUUCGAGAGUUAAGAAAACUGAUGGUACUGUCGGUGCGAAAAUCAAAGAUUCAGAUGACUGCAGAUGCGACAAAUCUGCUAAAACCACUCAAACCUUAGGUGGCGGUACAAGGGAAGGCAGAUUUACAUUUGGCGAAAACCUUAAUUUCAAAUGGAUAAACAGUUUGAGGUUAUACGAGCAACAUAAAUUAAACGGACGAAUGACGAUCACUUACGAAAAUAACAAACAUAAAAAAACUGAAACCGCAUUUACACUUUGUAAACCAAUCUAUAAAAGAAUAGAUCCAAAAACCGCUGAGUCGGCAUUUGCAAGGGACCUUUUUUUUAAAAUUUUCAUCAAGAAAUAUUUAUCUUGGGAAUGUAUUGAUCCAAUGGAUGUGAGAGUGGAUGAUACGUAUUUUUUCGAGUAUGAUCAAAAAAAUUUCAUUCAUUGCGAUGCUCUUGCCACUAUAACAUUUGAAUUAAAAGCAGAAUAUUCGGCUGAUUGUGGUAUUGGUGGUAGUGGAGAAUCAUUUAAUCUUGACACCCUUCGAGUAUUCUUUAAUACAAAAUUCUACGAUUGUGAUGGUACAAAGUAUUUGCCAUUUGCUGAUUUCGAUCCUAAUAUGCUUACAAUGGCAAAAUUGGCACAGGCUAAGAAUUUUACUGAACAUCUAGCAAAACUUCCACUUAAUCUCUGAAUAUAAGAAAAAUAUACCGAAGAAAAAAAAAUUACAUAUGAAACGAAAAAUUUAAAUUUUAUUCUUCAAAUAAGUGGUUUUCUUGUCAAAAUUGAUAAAUAAAAUAAUUGUUUAUUUCAUUGA